AUGCCACCCACCACUACUACAUGGGAGUGCAAUGAGGAGUGCAAUGCUAUUGCAAGUUGCCGCGACUCGAUCUCUGGAUCAUACUGCAAGACUUGGGUCCAACCUUCUGUUUGUUUCGGCAUCCUCGUGAAGGAUGAUGGUGAGCUUUGUUACGAGAGUGUCGAUGAGGGCUGUGAUGGUACCCCUUAUCCAUGUGGACAAGUGUUCACCACUGAGGCCUCUACCGAGGGGACGACUGAGACCCCUACGGAGGAGACGACUGAGACCCCUACCGAAGAAGCUACCGAGGAAUCGAGUGGAGCUCCAACGGGGGAACCUACUACAAGCUCUACUGAAUAUUCUACCGAGCCUAUUACUGUGGUUUAA